UUUAACGAUGCAGUCAGUAGCUCAAACUCAACAGCGUCAAAUGAUGGGAUGACUGGUGAAUACUCGUAGUGAAUUGGGAAGGAUAUGAAAGGAAGCGGUGGGGCCAGCCGAGAUUGAGGCACUAUCUCUGCAUUUGCAUGGAAAAUGGACUUCAUUUUGUCCUUUUGGGCAACGUUGAUGAUGAUAACAGGUGCCGCCCUUGCCAGCAAUGGUAAAUGUCAACCGGAAAAUGGUACAUUAACUGUUAGUCACUCAGACUUCAAGAACUUACUGGAUUACUAUUGUUCUGGAAACUUAAGCAACCUUCAUACAUUUCGCCUACAGAAUAACAAUCUGUCUUCCUUGGACGCCAAAGUAUUUAUUGGAGCGAGCAGUCUGAAACACCUCGUAGUUAUUCAGAAUCACUUAGAGUCUCUGGAUCGUAUCUUGUUACACAGUCUUAAAGAACUGAUAUCCCUUGAUCUAUCUCAGAACAGACUGAGGUCACUCAAUGAUAAAGAACUUUUCCUUUACCAGAGUAAACUAAAAUUCUUCAGGCUGUCAUAUAACCAAAUUACCAAUUUGGAUCUAAAAGUGUUGUAUCCUUUACAUUCUCUCAAGGAGCUAAACUUGGCUGGAAAUCCGAUUUCUUGCGGUUGUGAAAUACGCCAUAUAAUGAAAUGGUGUGUGGAAAAAAAUGUGAGUGUAAGUGCUGCUUGUGAUAACGAAUUGACUGAAUUCAGACCUGAAAACUGCACACAUUUGCAUGUUGAAGGUUCAUCUUCAGUGCUCCUUACUCUGGUAGGAAUUGGGAUAAUCGUUGUGAUAUCAGGAGGACUUAUUGCUGAGGUGUCGGUGUAUUGUUUAAGGAAAGCCAGUCGAGCUAAUAAAACUGAUAAUGAACAUGCAACAUCCAAAGAAAUAUCAGCGAAUCAAGAAGUAAUUUUUUACAGAAUUAGGCCAAACCAGACACAAGAGCAAAAUAAUUCGAAUUAUUGUAAAAUAAUUCUUCCACGUAUCAAAUCUGAUAUUUACACGUCCCCACAAUACGAAGAACUGACAAGGCGACAAUCUCUACACGAUACGGGAAGAUGUUCAAAUCUGGGCGAAGUUAAUGAAGUUACCACGACGACAGAUAGCGCAACUACUUACGCAGAGCCUUUCCAGUAUGCAGAAAAAGCUUCUGAAAUAUAUGCAGUUCCUUACCACGAACCAAAUCCUUACAAAGAUUACAGGAAAACAUCGUAUGAAAAUAUUUUACUCUCUGAGUCAAAUAAUGGUAUUCCCCCCCUCGAAGUAUCUGUUCGUAAUAGUUUAUAUUCAUCGCCUUAAACAGAUUCAUCAAUUCUAACUUGUCUCUGAGGGAAAAUAAUAUUCACUUACCACUAAAAUUGGCUGCGCCAUAGCUCAAGCGGUUAGUCGCUGGCUUCCCACCGCUUGGGCCCGGGUUCGAUCCCGGGUGUGGUC